ACUUUUGAUAUAUAGACAAUACAUCAGAAAGGGAAAACAAAAACUAUAUCUACUAUCUAAACGAGUCUUCUUAAUUUCUGCAAAAAUGGCCGAGGCUGAUGAGCAGCUAACUCUUUUGGACUGGCAUCCCAGUCCUUUCACAACAAGGGUGAGGAUAGCCUUGGCUGAAAAGGGAUUAAAUUAUGAGUCCAGACAAGAGGACUUGAGUAACAAGAGUUCUCUUCUUCUUGAGAUGAACCCAGUUAACAAACAAAUCCCAGUCUUGAUCCAUAAUGGCAGACCCAUUUGCGAGUCAAUGGUAAUAGUUCAAUACAUUGAUGAGGUUUGGAACCACAAAUCUCCAUUGUUGCCUUCUGAUCCAUACCAACGAGCACAUGCCAGGUUCUGGGCUGACUAUAUCGACAAGAAGGUUUUUCCUAUUGGAAGGUUGAUGUGGGCAUCAAAAGGGGAAGUGAAAGCAGCUUCAAAGAAGGAUCUGAUUGAAUGCUUUAAAAUAUUGGAGGGAGAGCUUGGAGACAAGCCAUACUUUGGAGGUGAAAGCUUCGGUUACGUUGAUUUAUCACUUAUUCCAUUCUAUAGCUUCUUCUACACAUUCGAGACCUUGGGAAACUUGAGCAUAGUAGAGGAGUGCCCUAAGAUCGUGGAUUGGGCUCACAGAUGCUUGCAGAAGGAGAGUGUUUCCAAGACUUUAUGUGACCAGCGCAAGUUCUAUGAAGUUCUCUUAGAGUUAAGCAGGGGAGGACCAGAGCCCAAGUGGAGUUCAGUGGGUUCAAUUGAUUUGACCCCACUAAACUCAUAAAAAAAAAAAAUCUUUGUAGUAUGUUUAUGAACAAUGCAGUUUCGUGAAAUUAUUUAGGAGAUAAAGAAAUAAUAUGUUUCAAUUAUCCAAUAAUAACUAAGAAGUUAGGUUAUGUUUGAUACAACGUAAUGUAAUGCAAUCAAAGAAAUUAUGUUAUGUUU